GUAAACACCUGAGGAAGGCUUUCGUAUGUUGGCUGUCAGUAUUCAUGAGGUCGUAGUCUCCAGUAAAGCAGGUUUGAUCCCGAUCUUGCUGUAGCGGUGAGAUUGUCAUGAUGGAGGGUGACAACCAACUAGUCUACGAGCAGAGGUUCAAUGCUGCUGUCAAAGUGAUCCAAAAUUUACCAUCAAACGGUUCAUUUCAGCCUUCCAAUGACAUGAUGCUGAAAUUUUAUAGCUACUACAAGCAAGCAACACAAGGCCCCUGUAAGAUUCCCCGUCCAGGAUUCUGGGACCCCGUUGGCAAAGCCAAAUGGGAUGCGUGGAAUUCUCUUGGGGAAAUGCCGAAGGAGGAGGCGAUGGCGGCCUAUGUGGAAGAUUUGAAACUGAUCCUGGAAAGUAUGCCUGUAACAAAUGAGGUCGAGGAGCUUCUGCGGGUCAUUGGGCCGUUCUAUGAGCUUGUUGAUGAAAAGAAAAAGAUAACGCAAGUGUCCGAGUUGAGCACAGCCCGCUUGGAAAGAUUUGCUAGGCAACUUGAAGGCUUUGGGAGCAUGCUAAUGUCACCACCCAAAAGUGUCACAAAAAGCAUCAUCAGGACGAUGGAGAUGAAUGGCAUCCUGGACAGUUACCCCGUCAAAACAGCAGAAACCCCAAAGACUAAAUCAAUAGACAUGGAAGACGGAGAAGAUGAUAAUGAGGAGGAAGAGGAGGAAAAAGACGAAGAAGAGGAGGUUAAAGCCUCACAACCGAAGAAAAGGGCUUCUGCAGGGAGACCUAAAGAACCAGUAUCUAAUGGCAGUAUCGGCCAACAUAAAGGCCUUACCAAUGGAACGCACGAGUCUAGGUCUGAUCUGAACAGGCAGGAUUCAGAAGAAGACUCUGAAAACAUUAAGCACAACAGAGACGUCAUUGAGCUCAAUGGACACAUCAAAAGUGAGGAGAAGGACAUUGGGGAAGACGUGUCCAGUUCUCACCAUGUGGCCAGUGAUUCGGACAGCGAGGUGUACUGUGACUCCAUCGACCAGUUUUGUGGAGAAGAAGGAUCUGAGCUACACGUUAGCCACUCACUAGACAUGGCCGAGGAAAGCCACAGCACACUAUCCUCGACAGGAGAGAUCAGAUCACAAGAGGAACUGCUGGGACGGGAGGAAGGCGUACAGCACGGCGGAGAAGAUGGAUGGAACAGCAGAGGAGGUUCUCAGAGACAGGGACUUCCUGUGAAUAGAAGUAACAGUUCUGUGGUCAGGAGGGAAAGAGGGUCCAAGUCACCUGCCUUUGGCUCCGGGUCAGCGGGACCGCAGCAGGGCAGUGGGGGAGACGGGGAGCGCUGGGGGACGGAUGGAUCUGUAACGGACAAUCUAAACGAACAGAUAAUCUGUGCUCUGGCCAGACUGCAGGACGACAUGCAGAGUGUCUUAGAGAGGCUACACACGCUGGAAGCUCUCACAGCCUCGCAGGCCCGAUCCUUAGCGCUGCCAUCAGACUACUUGUCACCACCUGCAAAUAAAACGAAGAAGAAGCCAUCCUGGUGGCCUUUCGAUGUGUCUCCAGGAACUGUGGCCUUUGCUGUCAUCUGGCCGUUUGUGGUGCAGUGGCUCAUCCGUCUGUAUGUGCAGCGCAGGAGAAGGAAUGUUAAAGAUUGGAUCAUCUUGUUGCAGAAGAAUCAACUGAAAGGAAUCGACUGAUGGUUCGACAUCUCUGGAGACCCAGAGGAGAGCCGUGUUACGCAUUUAGGAGGAGGAGGGUGUUUCUCAGCCUGUCCCGUGAUCCCUAACUUCUGCUUU